GCACGGCUACAUGAGGGGGGAUCGCUGGCGCCGGCUUCAUUUCCCUCUCUGCUCUGCUAUUGGCCGCCGACUGUUCGGGCACCGCAGGAGCCACCAAUGAAACGCCAGAGCGAAGGCGCCGGUGUGGGCGUGUCUGUAGCCGGAGGAAGGGUGGGCGGGGAGAGGAGGAUCAGGGAGGUUAGUUUGGCGCCCGGGACCGGUGCUGGUGAGUGAGCUCGGCCGGCAAAUACACACACUGGGGGGAAAGGUGGCGAGUCGGGGGAAGCGGAGCACCGGAGGAGGCAGGAACCGCACACACGGAUAAUCAUGGGCCAGACGGGUAAGAAAUCUGAGAAGGGACCAGUAUGCUGGAGGAAGCGGGUGAAGUCCGAGUACAUGCGCUUGCGGCAGCUCAAGCGGUUCCGACGAGCCGAUGAAGUAAAGAGUAUGUUUAAUUCAAAUCGUCAAAAAAUUCUGGAGCGAACGGAAAUCUUAAACCAAGAAUGGAAGCAAAGAAGAAUUCAACCUGUGCACAUUAUGACCUCAGUCGGUUCUCUUCGAGGGACAAGAGAGUGCUCUGUGACUAGUGACUUUGAUUUCCCUAAACAAGUUAUCCCACUGAAAACCCUCAACGCUGUAGCCUCUGUGCCUAUCAUGUAUUCCUGGUCUCCCCUUCAACAGAAUUUUAUGGUAGAAGAUGAGACUGUGUUACAUAACAUUCCUUACAUGGGUGAUGAGGUGCUGGACCAAGAUGGGACUUUUAUAGAAGAGUUGAUCAAAAACUAUGAUGGAAAGGUCCACGGCGACAGGGAGUGCGGCUUUAUUAAUGACGAAAUAUUCGUGGAGCUGGUUAAUGCCCUAAGCCAGUACAGCGAUUAUGAAGAUGAUGAGGAUGGUGAUGGCGAUGACAAUCAGGACGAAGACAGAGAUGACAAAGAAAAGGAUCAGGAUGACGGCAUGGAUAACAAGGUGACCCAACUGCCACGGAAGUUUCCCUCUGAUAAAAUCUUUGAGGCAAUAUCUUCCAUGUUUCCUGACAAGGGAACAACAGAGGAGCUGAAGGAGAAGUACAAGGAACUGACAGAACAGCAGCUACCUGGAGCUCUUCCUCCAGAAUGUACCCCAAACAUUGAUGGACCAAAUGCAAAAUCUGUGCAAAGGGAGCAGAGUCUUCAUUCAUUCCACACGUUGUUUUGUAGGAGAUGUUUCAAGUAUGACUGCUUCUUGCAUCCUUUUCAUGCCACUCCAAACACAUACAAAAGAAAAAACAAUGAAGCUGCAAACGACGGAAAACCUUGUGGACCCAACUGUUACCAGCUUUUGGAAGGUGCCAAGGAAUAUGCUGCAGCUCUAACAGCAGAGAGGAUAAAGACCCCACCAAAGCGCCCUGGUGGUCGCCGAAGAGGCAGACUUCCAAAUAGCACCAGCAGACCUAGCACGCCAACUGUCAACGCGUCAGAAGCCAAAGACACCGAUAGCGAUAGGGAAGCUGGCACAGAGACUGGUGGAGAAAGCAAUGAUAAGGAAGAGGAAGAAAAGAAAGACGAAUCCUCUAGUUCUUCUGAACCAAAUUCUCGUUGCCAAACGCCAGUCAAGAUGAAGCCAAAUGAGCUCCCUGAGAAUGUAGACUGGAGUGGAGCGGAAGCAUCUCUGUUUAGAGUCCUCAUUGGCACCUAUUAUGACAAUUUCUGUGCUAUUGCCAGGUUGAUUGGCUCAAAAACAUGUCGACAGGUAUACGAGUUUAGAGUAAAGGAAUCAAGUAUCAUAGCUCCGGUCCUUGCUGAGGAUGUGGACACACCACCCAGAAAGAAAAAGCGGAAGCAUAGGCUGUGGGCUGCACACUGCAGGAAAAUCCAGCUGAAAAAAGAUGGCUCCUCUAAUCAUGUUUACAAUUACCAGCCUUGCGAUCACCCUCGCCAACCCUGCGAUGGUUCCUGUCCCUGUGUGAUUGCACAGAAUUUCUGUGAGAAGUUCUGUCAGUGCAGCUCUGAGUGCCAAAACAGGUUCCCUGGAUGUCGCUGUAAGGCCCAGUGCAACACCAAGCAGUGUCCAUGUUACCUUGCUGUGCGGGAGUGUGACCCAGACUUGUGUCUUACCUGUGGAGCUGCCGAUCACUGGGAUAGCAAAAAUGUUUCAUGCAAGAACUGCAGUAUUCAGCGGGGAUCCAAGAAGCAUUUGCUUCUGGCUCCUUCUGAUGUAGCUGGCUGGGGAAUCUUCAUCAAAGAACCCGUACAGAAGAACGAGUUCAUCUCUGAAUACUGUGGAGAGAUUAUAUCUCAGGAUGAAGCCGACCGCAGAGGCAAAGUCUAUGACAAAUACAUGUGCAGCUUUCUCUUCAACUUGAAUAAUGAUUUUGUAGUUGAUGCAACCCGCAAAGGAAACAAAAUUCGCUUUGCAAAUCAUUCUGUGAAUCCAAACUGCUAUGCAAAAGUAAUGAUGGUGAAUGGUGACCACAGAAUAGGCAUUUUUGCAAAAAGAGCCAUCCAGACAGGUGAAGAACUGUUCUUUGACUAUAGGUAUAGCCAAGCUGAUGCUCUAAAAUAUGUGGGUAUUGAGAGAGAAAUGGAAAUCCCUUGAUUCACCAGCUACCUCCUCUUACAACCCAUGCCUUACCUUCUUCAGGAAUUUCUAAUACUGGCUCAAUUUUAGCUACAAGAAAAAAAUGAGUUGAAGUUCUGAAUUUACCGAGUACUGUACAAGUAAUUUAUAGUGACGUCAAAAGAAGAUCCAUUAUGCUUUUUUUUUUUGCCAGAUGCAAAACGUUUUGUACUGAUGAACUUUUGGCAAUAAUGUAUUGUGGUACAUCUCCCACCUCAAAUAAACUAUACUUGAACUUC